GAAUUCUCUAUCAGGUGGAUAGCUGGACAUGAGGGUAUACAAGGUAAUGAGCUUGUGGAUGAGGAGGCCAGGGCAGCCGCAAGCUCUCGACGCAACUCUAGCCCCAAAGCGUCCCUCCCGCUGUACUUACGACGCAGGAAGCUCCCGCGCAGCAUCUCGGCACUCAAGCAAGAUUAUAGAAAGGAGCUAUAUGCUCGCUGGAAGGAGAUAUUGUCGGAAUCGGCGCGUAGCCGCCAUUUCCAGACCUUCCACCCCUCCCUUCCGUCCAGUUCUUAC